CCUCAUUGGGUCAAACUUUACGGUUAAAGCCGCGUUGCUGUAAGGCAGCCGUGAUGUUCUUACUAUGGCAAUGUAGGCGGUAGGAAUGGAGGGGUUGCUCAUGAGAUUAAGACCGUUACGAUCCCGAUCGCAUUUUUCUGGGCUCUGUCACUGAAUUUAGCUCUCCGCUUAAUGAUCGGAGGAGUGACAUGAGGCGGACGCUCUAGGUGGUGGUUGUAUGGAGACGGGCGUGUUGCUACGUAGGCAGCGGACCCCAUCAGGAGCGGUGGCAGGCUACGGACGAGCCGACUUAUCGGGAGGCUGCCGCGUCGUAUCAUUCAAGGACGUCAGUUGGUUAAGUUGUGGGCGAUGGCAGGUCGAAGCCGAAGAGCGUGGUUCAGUGUGCUGCUAGGUCUGAUCCUCGGCUUCAUCCUGGCUUCCAGGCUCAUUUUACCCAGGGCCACGGAGCUGAAGAAGGCGGCUCACAACCGCAAGGCGGGCGCCGGCGGCUGCGGGAUGCGCGGCGUGGCCAGGGUACGCUGGGUCGACGGGCUCCGCGGGGAUGAGCAGGACGCCGCCAAGCCGCUCGCCGCCUCCGGCUUCCUCUUCAUCGGAGUCAUGACCGCCCAGAAGUACCUGAAAAGCCGGGCUGUAGCGGCUCACAGGACAUGGGCCCAGACCAUCCCGGGGAAGGUCGAGUUCUUCUCCAGCGAGGGCUCUGACACCUCCAUCCCUAUCCCCAUCGUGACGCUGAAGAACGUGGACGACUCGUACCCGCCACAGAAGAAGUCCUUCAUGAUGCUCAAGUACAUGCACGACCACUACCUGGAGCAGUUCGAGUGGUUCAUGCGGGCGGACGACGACGUCUACGUCAAGGGCGACCGGCUGGAGGCCUUUCUGCGGAGCUUGAAUAGUAGCGAGGCCAUCUACCUGGGCCAAACGGGCAUGGGCGCCCGCGACGAGCUGGGCAAGCUGGCCCUGGAGCCCGGAGAGAACUUCUGCAUGGGCGGCCCAGGGGUGAUCAUGAGCCGGGAGGUGCUGCGACGCGUGGCGCCCCACAUCCGCCAGUGCCUGCAGGAGAUGUACACCACCCACGAGGACGUGGAGGUGGGACGCUGCGUGCGGAGGUUCGCUGGUGUCCAGUGUGUCUGGUCCUAUGAGAUGCAGCAGCUGUUCUAUGAGAACUACGAGCUGAACAAGAAGGGAUACAUCCGCGACCUCCAUGACAGCAAGAUCCACCGGGCCAUCACACUGCACCCUAACAAGAACCCGCCCUAUCAGUACCGGCUGCAUAGCUACAUGCUGAGACGCAAGAUCGACGAGCUCCGCUACCGUACGGUCCAGCUGCACCGUGAGAUUGUACAGAUGGGCCGCUACAGUGGUUCCGAGGUGCGCAAGGAAGACCUGCAACUGGGGGUGGCACCCUCCUUCAUGAGGUUCCACCCACAGCAACGCCAGGACGUCCUGGAAUGGGACUUCAUCACGGGACGGUACAUCUACUCAUCCGCUGAGAAGCAGCCCCCACGCCGGGGCAUGGACUCCUCACAGAAGUCGGCCCUGGAGGACAUAACAAUGCAGGUGAUGGAGAUGAUCAACGUCAACGCCAAAAUCAGGGGUCGCGUCAUUGAAUUCAAGGAGGUUCAAUAUGGCUACCGCAGAGUCAAUCCCAUGUAUGGCGCAGAGUAUGUGCUGGACCUACUGCUGCUGUACAAGAAGCACAAAGGGAAGGCCAUGACCGUCCCCGUGAGGAGGCACGCCUACCUACAGCAGACCUUUAGUAGGAUUUACUUGCAGGAGGAUGAGGAGAUUGACGCUGCUCACCUGGCCAGCAGGAUUAACCAGGACUCCAACUCACUCUCCUUCCUCUCCAACUCCCUCAAGAUGUUGGUGCCGUUCAAGCUGGGUGGCUUGGGAACUGAACCCAAGGAGCCGAAGGAGGAGAAGGUCAACAUCCUGGUGCCGCUGUUGGGCCGUCACGAGAUAUUUGUCCGCUUCAUGGCUAACUUCGAGAAGGUCUGCCUAAUCCCAAACCAAAACGUCAAGCUGCUGCUCCUGUUGUUCAGUACUGACAACAGCACAGAGAGGCUACGGCAGACAGAGCUGAUGAGAGAAUACCAAGCAAAGUACCCCCGGGCUGAUCUGGAGGUCAUGAAUGUCCUGGGACCUUUUUCCCGGGCCCUGGCUCUGCAAAUGGGCUCGUCACGCUUCUCCGACAACUCCCUGCUUUUCUACUGUGAUGUCGACUUACUGUUUACAGCCGAUUUCCUGAAUCGGUGCAGGAGCAACACAAUACUCAGAGAGCAGACCUACUUUCCAAUCAUUUUUAGCCAGUAUGACCCCAAAGUUGUCUACGCGGGAAAGGCACCCAGUGAAAACCAAUACGUAUUCACCUCCAAGACAGGCCUGUGGAGACACUAUGGGUUUGGGAUAGCCUGUCUGCAUAAGGGAGACUUGGUGACUGUGGGAGGCUUCAAUAUCUCCAUCCAGGGAUGGGGCCUAGAGGAUGUGGACCUCUUCAAUAAAUUUGUUGAAUCAGGGAUCAGACCAUUCAGAAGCACAGACACUGGUAUUGUGCAUGUCCACCACCCCGUCAUAUGUGACCCAAACCUUGACCCAAAACAGUACAAAAUGUGUCUGGGUUCUAAAGCGUCUUCGCACGGGUCCGCUCUGCAGCUGGCCGAACUGUGGCUAGCAAAGAAUGACCCCUCGCUGCGGGAAAUCCAUGUCAGUAACACCAGUUCCACAAGGACCGUGUGAAGCACUGUGGUAGAUGUAACUGGGGACUUCUAACUACCUAAUUUAUUUUUUAAAAAAGAACUAAAUGAAUAUAUUUUGGAAAUACUAUUUUCUAACAAGUGCUCAUUGGGGUCAAGGGUUAAUCGCAUUUUUGGUUUUUAAAAAGAAAGAAUGAAAAAUAAAAUUUCGAUAUUCCAUUGGGCUUGGGAACAAUGAUGUAUGUAUCAACAAAAAAUGUUUGCUAAACUAUGACGUCUAUAUGUAAUCUGAGAAGGUACCAUGAGCUAUUCUUGAGAGCGGUCCUGGAUUUGUGUGUGUGUGUGUGUGUGUGUGUGUGUGUGUGU